UGAAGUGAACAAACUAAAGCCCAAAAGAGAUAAAUUAAUUUUUCAUUUUGUUCAAAAGUCUCAGCAGAGAGAGAGAGACGAAGAUGAGCAGAGCUUCCAGUCUCUUUCAACUCUGGCAGAUUCCUCCAAGCAGAAUACUAACUAGAAGCUAUAAUGUCUCCAAAGGUUCCAAAGGGGCAUAUAUGAUACAUGGUGCCAACAUUUAUCCACCUUUCUGUUCAUGUAAGAACAUGCAAACUACUUCAUAUGAAGGUGUGAAUACCACUGGAAGUUAUGUGCCCACAAUUUUAGUUGAAAAUGAAAGAAAGCAAAAGGACAAAUCAUCAGAGCAAUUGGAAAGAAUCGGGGCAUUUCAGAAGCUGCCUAUGGUUAUGCCUUCUGUUGAUAUUCUUUAUUCAGCUCUAAAGAAGGCCAGGAGAGUUUUUCCAACUACGGGUAUUGCCAACAUUGCAAAACGAGAGAGAAAUAGAGGUGCGAAGCAACUUGAUGCGCUGAUGAAGGAACUAGCAGUUCCCUUAAGGACUUACUUGGAGAAUUUUCCAAAGAAAAGUAAUCUUCAUCCUUACGAGCGAUCUCUUAUUGAAUUGACUCUUGGGGAUGGAAACUAUGAAGAGGUGUUGGGCAAGGUCGACUCUCUGAGGAAGAAGGUGGUAUCCGUUGGAAAGGAACAUGCUUCUCUCUGUGCAAAGUCCUUAUCUAAGCGAGAAGCAGAGGAACGACUAAGUGAGGGCAUGAAGAGAGUCGAAGAGAUAUUUAAUCAUGGUGGGAAGGCAGUUGAUGAUUUGUUAAACAUUGCCAAGACUUUGCGGGCAAUGCCAGUGGUUGACCUCGAAACGCCAACACUUUGUCUUGUUGGAGCUCCAAAUGUGGGAAAGUCAUCUCUGGUUCGUGUACUCUCUACAGGGAAGCCUGAGAUAUGCAACUACCCUUUUACAACCAGAGGAAUAUUAAUGGGUCAUAUUGUUUCAAACUAUCAGAAUUUUCAGGUGACAGAUACUCCUGGUUUGUUAAAGAGGUGUGAUGAGGACAGGAACAAUUUAGAAAAGUUAACGCUUGCUGUUCUCUCUCAUCUGCCAACCGCAAUACUUUACGUUCAUGAUCUCUCCGGAGACUGCGGGACUUCUUCUUCUGAUCAAUUCAUCAUAUACAAAGAAAUAAAAGAGAGGUUCUCUGACCAUCUGUGGCUCGAUGUUGUAUCCAAAUGUGAUCUAUUACAAGAUUCUCCCGUGCUCUUCAUAACAGAAGAUGCCGAUGAUAAUGAUGUUGAGCUGUUGAAGUACCGGAAAUCGGGACCUGAUGGGGCCUUGCAUGUUUCUGUAAAAAACGAAGUAGGGCUGAGUGAGUUAAAAGGUAGAGUGCAAGAGCUGCUGAGUUCUCAGAUGGCCAGGAUUCAAGCUCAAAAAAGUGACCAAGCAGUCGGCAAAGUUUCACUUUUAGAGACGGGCUUCUGAAUGCGUACAUUGUGUCAAAAGCUUCUUGCAGAGGUACAACUUCCGGAGUACGAACUCGACAUCGGCAAGGAAGACGAACUGGAUGAAAUUUAUUAGUUUGCGAGGAACCAAUACCUGAACAGCAUGCAGAUUUUUGCAAAUUCAAGAAUCACCAUCUUCUUCAGAGUUAGGGAGGAUUUGAAACAAAGGCAAAAACGUGAGAUAUAGUUCGUUGUUGAGAUAAAAUUAGGCAAGUAAUACAUAUAAUAUGUUGAAUAUUGGCUCAAUUUGAUUUGAGUUUUGUACUUAGAAAUUUUUGUUUUUCUAAUUGGAGCAAUUUUGACCUGUAGAAAGGAGGAAGAUGUUUGGUAACUGAUUUGGAGGGAAUAAAACCAGUUCUCCAAAAAAUGAUGUAUCUGGUUUAUUUACACAUGUUUUGGUUUUCUUCUUUUUGUUGCAUUGAUGGAUAGCUAAUGGCAAUUUCAGUGUGAGGGAAAGAAUAUACACAACUACAAAGACGAACCCUGUGGGCCGUAAUACUUCUCAAUGGCUUUCGAACAUAGUCUCACCAUUCUUACACCCAAAAAAAAAAAAAAAA